GGUCCAAAUGCAUAUUCAUUGCAUCUGUUGUUACGCAUGAGUCCUUGCAACACCACCUUUAAGACCAAACCACCACCAUCACGUAUCUAAACCAUUCUGUGCAAUGUCUACACCAGCAGAAUACUAUCGAUCUCUUCCACCUGUGUGCAAGACCUAUGGAGUGGCCUGCUUGAUGACCACAUCGGCAUUCUAUCUGGGACUUUUCAAAUAUCACAGCAUAUCAUUAGAAUAUGAUCUCGUACUAAAACAUUUUCAGGUUUGGAGGCUUAUCACGAAUUUCUUCUUUCUUGGGCCAUUUUCGAUUCCCUUCGCAUUUCGGCUGAUAAUAAUAGCGAAAUAUGGUGUUGCACUCGAGAGAGGACCCUUCGACAAGAGAACGGCAGACUUUGUAUGGAUGCUGAUCUUCGGAGCGCUAUCACUUCUAGUGAUAGCUGCUGUUCCAUAUCUUUCGUCUCGAUUCUUGGGAAGUUCCUUAGUAUUUAUGAUGGUCUAUGUCUGGGGCCGUGAGUUCCCCAACGCGCGCAUAAGCAUCUAUGGUGUUGUUUCAUUGAAGGGAUUCUAUCUUCCAUGGGCAAUGCUAGCACUGGACUUGAUAUUCGGAAAUCCUUUGAUGCCAGACUUGCUAGGGAUAGCUGUGGGACAUUUGCAUUACUUCCUAACAGUGCUUCAUCCUCUUUCCGGGGGAAAGUUCAUCUUGAAGACUCCUCUCUGGGUUCACAAACUAGUUGCAUUUUGGGGUGAGGGAACACAAAUAAAUUCCCCUGUGCAGCGUGAUCCCUCAGCCAGUAUUGCAUUCCGGGGAAGAAGCUACCGUCUAAAUGGAUCUCGAACAAGCAGAAGCAGUAGUAGUACUGCUACAGAUCAGGCAGGCACAGACAGUUCUGCACAGCAACCGGCCGGCCGAGGCGAUGGAUCAGUUGCUUUCCGAGGCAGAAGCUAUCGUCUCAAUGGGCGUCAGAUGUAAUCAAUCUUCAUUGGUAAUUCACAAAACCAAAUCCUGAAAUUAUUGCGUUAGUGUUUGGGAAGAUGCAUUUCUUUGUCAUAUAUUUUAGUUUCUCAACAUUAAUGACAACUUACAUCUCGUUGUAUUAAUUCCACGGCUUUGUGUACGUUAUAAGUGAAUCGCAAAGAAAAAUGAUAUAUGGAAGCCACUGUUUAUA